AUGCCAUCCCAACAAAGUCUCCGGAGAUCAAUUAUACCAGUCAUUGUUUUUUUGAUUGUGGGUGUGCUUUUUAUCGCAGCCGGUGCGGCAAUGCUCGGAGUUGGCAUUCAUAAAAUUCAUCAAAGUAAGAAAACUGCAGAAUCUUGUACUUGUCCCAGUGCGUCAUCAACGUUUAAGCCAUUGCCAACAACUGAACCUGCAAGGACUUCAACUUUGAAAACAGAAACAGCAUCAAGUCCUACCACUCUCCUAACUUCACCAGCAAAUGUCCCGGAUUGUAAUUUGACGUCAACCACGACAACCACUCCAACCACGCCACCAACCUCAACGACUUCAUACGAUCUUAGCAGCAAGGCGGUUGAAUUAAUCUUUAUCGUUGACAUCUCAGCAACAGCAAAGAGAUAUUUUGAUGACUACAUUUCAUUCAUCAAGAAUUUUCUCAACAUUUUCACCGUUUCCUCACUUUCAAACAGCAAUUUCGCUCAUGUUGGCAUUUACGGGGUUUCGCCGGAUCCAAACUAUGAACCCACGUAUUGCUCACUGGGACAACUUGGAAUGGAUGAUCUAUCUGGCUGCCUGAUCGUGAUUCAAAACUCAAUCACCAACAAGAUUGGGCAAUAUCUGAGAAAAUCUUUAGAUCUAGUCCAACAAAGUAUCGAUGAUGGAACGUAUCGCUCUCGAAUCGAUAACCAUUGGAUCAUCUAUCUAACCUCAGCCACAAGCAUCACACAAUCAGCGGACGCAGUUGCGAAAGCGAAAUUUUUCAAAGAUGGCAAAUAUUUCUCUUUUGCUGGGAUUUCUUACAAUGGAAUGCCUAGGGAAAACAUUUCGAUUGUCACUGGUGGCUACACUUGUACCUACGUAACGAACAGCUUCAGCAGUCUGACAACAACCGUGACUAAAGAUCUGCAACAACAAAUUUUUGACAAUCAGAAUGAUUUGUGCAUGAGUUCU